GGGCUCUCAUUGGCUGGCCUCUAGAACACGUGCCCGACACCAUAGCAAUUGCUGCGCUUGUCUGGCGCCGCCUAGAGGGAGAGCCGUGAAACUUUGCUCCCUAGGUGGAAUUGGUAGUGGUACGAGAGCGGGAGAAGAGAAGGCUGUGGCUGGGCCUGCGCAUGGGCAACAAGCCAGAGUGGGGGAGGGGUGAAAAGUUAAAGUCUGCUUUCUGCGCAUGCUCAAAUCACUGCAGUACACGCUUGGCGAGAGAUUCGGGAGGCUAGUGAAACGUGCGCAUGUGCGGGGGACCAACGUUGGGUCGGCUAAGGGGGAGGGGGAGGAGGAGGAGGAGGAGGCGAACUUGAACUUGACGUUCUUCCAGUGCCCCUCAGGACCCCAGGGAAUGUGCCCGGGCCAGCUCUGGGCCUCUCAGUCUCCUCCCCACCUCCAAAGUUGCCUCUAAUAUGGCUUAGCCCUUAUUAUCGCAUAACGCCGGUUGUCCUGCUGCCUAUAUAUAAGGCGCAAUUCAAAGUUCUAAGGGUUUUUUCCUUUUUUUAAUGGUAUUUCCAUUUCUCCUUUACGUGAUCCCUCCAAGUCCCCCCAUCCCCAUUUCCCUCCUAGCUUCACAAUGGCCACAGGUGAGAACAAUAAAAACAGGUCCCGUUUCUGUGAUUCCUUCUUAUUUGCCCCUUGCCUUCCCAUAACGGAACAGAAGACGUGUUUCUUUACUUCUUUUCCUGCAGACGAGAAAAUCUGACGGUCAGAGGGUCUCAGCCAGCACCACACAGCUAGCACGUGUCAGAACAAGGCUUCAGACCCCAUCUUCUAACUGGGAAAAGACUUUCUCCUUUAAGUCUGUAAAGGUAGUAGUGGGCUGUGUGAGAGGCUGGACCAGAGAGACCUCUCUGUGCUGCUUGCUGGACAAGUCCUUCAAUUCUCCACCUCAGCCUUCUCCUCUGCAAAAUGGGCUGGUCCUACUGGCAGCAUUUACCUUCUACAAAGGUGGUUGUGUGACGGAAAUGAGAUGUGCAUUCUGCGCAGUCUGCGGGAGAAUGAGCUCUAGAAACGCUGAAUAUUACUGCAGAUGAGGAAGUUGAGAUCCAGAGAGAAAUGACUUACCUCAAAAGUCUGUUACAAAGCUGAGAUUCAAGCAGAUUUCCUGCAGAUCCCAUCCUCUCCUCCACCAGGCUGAUUUUAGGGGAAGAACGAUGACCUAACCUCAAAAAUCCCUUACAGAACUGAGAUUCAAACAACUUUCCUGCAGAUCCAAUCCCUUCUCCUCCACCAGGCUUAACUUAGGGGAAAAGCAAUGAUUUACCUCAAAAGUUCAUUACAGAGCUGAGAUUCAAGCAGAUUUCCUGCAGAUCCAAUCCUCUCCUCCACAGGCUGAUUUUAGGGGGAAGAAAUUUUGGAGGGAAAGGGGACGAAAUGAGGAUGAGACAGAGCAGGGCCUACAGGAGCUGGUUGAGGUGAGAAAAGCUGCUGAAGCCUCAGAGAUAUCAGAAGCUUUAGAAAAAAGGGCCUGGCUGAUUAUCUAGUUUUCUUAUCUCAUUUUUACCAAUCAGAAAAAUGAGGUCGAGAAGUUAAAUUGCCUGAGAUCACGAAGGUUGGAAAGACUAGAGCCUGGAGAAGAGGAGGGGAAGGAAUGGGGAAAAGAACCGCCAAUACAGAAAAGAAGACGGGGAGAGAGUUGAAGGGCAAAAAGGUUUGGAGGAUGUGCCAGGCAUUGCACAAAAGCAAUUUGUUUACAAAUAUCUUAUUUGAUCCUCACCGUAACCCUGGGAAGUUGCUGCUGAUAUUAUCCCCAUUUUAUAGUUGAAGAAAGUGAGGCAGAUAACAAUGAAAUGACCCAGAGAAGGGUCUAAAGUUGAAUUUGAUCUCAUGUUGGUCAACACUCCAAGUACCGUAUCCACUGGGCCACCUCAGUAUCUCUGGGGGACUCUGGGAGCCUAGUAGAAGAUGAGAAGGGAGUUGGAGGCCGAGUGGGGGUUGAAGGAUGUGGUGGUUGGUGGAGCAUAUUGGGGUGAGAGAGAGAGGAAAGGGUUGGCUGUGAGGAGGUCGAGGGGCCCGGGGCAAACGAAGGGUGCUUGGGGGAGCAGAGGGCGCUGAGGGAGGUGAGAGUGGUUAGUGCUGCACAGGGGGUUGAGCCAAAGGGAAGAGGUGAGGACCAGGGGGGGUGAGAAAAGUGGAAGUGCUUGGGGCCCUCACAGGCUUGAUAGGGGUGAAGACAGCUGGAAGUAAGAGGGUUUUGAGGGAGAUGAGAUGAUGAAGGAGGAUGGAGGCUGGGGAUUCAGAGGAGACUGAAAGUGAUGAGAGCCAAGGGGUGAUUGAGAGGGUUUAAAGGUGGGGGUGAUGGGGGUGCAGAGGGGAGUGUAGUAGUAGGCGCCACUCUGAAGAGGUCUGAGGGGGUGAGUGAGUGGGGCACAAAGGAAGGUAAAGGAAAUGGGGAUGUUUGGGGGUUCAGAGGGAGAUGGCUAGGGGGGCAGAGGGGGUUGAAGGACGUAGGAAAGCUGGGAGAUGGUUGGGGGAGCUGAGGAGACUGAGGGAAGGAAUGAGGGGCGCAGAGAGGGGAGUGGGACGGGCAGAGGUACGCAGGCGAGCUGGGGGAGGGGAGGUGUCUGUGCUGGAAUGGGGGAUGGAAAUGGAACAGAGGGGCGCCCCCUCCCCCAUGUUCCAUUCCUCCUCCCCCGCACUCUUGAGUGACACUCCGCGUGUCCAAUCUCCGAGCUCUAGCGGGGCCGGGGCCAGUGGGGCGACCAAUGGUUCAGCGGGGGGCGCAUUAGGGGCGGGCCUGGGGAGGGGGCGCCUGGGACCGCAGGAGGGGAGGGGAAGGGAGGAGAGGGGGCGGGGCCCGGGCCGCAGCUUCUGCAGUGGCGGAGGCGGCAGCGGCGGCUGCGGCGGAGGCGGUGUGGCGGCGGCGGCGGCGGCGGCGGCGGCGGCGGCAGCCAUGGAUCGGGGGCUGCAGAGAUCCAGGUCCAACACAGAACUUCGGAAGGAGAAGUCUCGAGAUGCAGCCCGGAGCCGCCGGAGCCAGGAGACUGAGGUGCUCUACCAGCUGGCCCACACUCUGCCCUUUGCUCGGGGGGUCAGCGCCCAUCUGGACAAGGCUUCCAUCAUGCGCCUCACCAUCAGCUACCUUCGAAUGCACCGUCUGUGUGCAGCAGGGGACUGGAGCGAAGUUUCAGCAGCAGGUGCGGGGUCCGGGGAGCCGCUGGAUGCGUGCUACCUGAAGGCCCUGGAUGGCUUUGUCAUGGUGCUGACGGCUGAGGGGGACAUGGCCUAUCUGUCUGAGAACGUCAGCAAACACUUGGGGCUGAGCCAGCUGGAGCUCAUUGGACACAGUGUCUUCGAUUUUGUCCAUCCCUGUGACCAAGAGGAGCUUCAAGAUGUCUUGACCCCUCGACAGGGCCUAUCCAAGAAGAAAAUGGAGGCUCCCACGGAGCGGAGCUUCUCCCUCCGGAUGAAGAGCACGCUCACCAGUCGGGGGCGUACCCUCAACCUCAAAGCUGCUACCUGGAAGGUUCUGCACUGUACGGGGCACAUGCGCGCCUACUCCCCGCCUUCGGAGCCCUCUGCGGGUGGGGCGCCCGGGGCCGGGCCCGAGCCGCCCCUGCGGUGCCUGGUUCUGAUCUGCGAGGCCAUCCCCCACCCCAGCAGCCUGGAGCCGCCCCUGGGCCGAGGGGCCUUCCUCAGCCGCCACAGCCUGGACAUGAAGUUUACCUACUGUGAUGAGAGGAUCUCCGAAGUGGCGGGAUACUGCCCGGACGAUCUCAUUGGCUGCUCGGCCUACGAGUACAUCCACGCCCUGGACUCUGAUGCCGUCAGCAAGAGCAUCCACACCCUGCUCAGCAAGGGCCAGGCUGUGACCGGGCAGUACCGCUUCCUGGCCCGCAACGGAGGCUACCUCUGGACCCAGACCCAGGCCACGGUGAUCUCAGGGGGCCGAGGGCCCCAGCCCGAGAGCGUCGUCUGUGUGCACUUCGUGCUGAGCCGGGUGGAGGAGACUGGGGUGGUUCUGUCCCUGGAGCAGACGGAGCAGCCCACCCGCCGGCCCCCUCGCCCCGCUGAACGGGGGCCCCCCUCGGAGAAGAGCCCCCAGGGCCCCGGAGACGGCUUUGAUACCCCCGGCCCCAGGAUCCUUGCCUUCCUGAAGCCCCCAGCUCUGAGCGAGGCUACUCUGGCUGCUGACCCUCGCCGCUUCUGCAGCCCAGACCUUCGCCGCCUCCUGGCCCCCAUCCUGGAUGGGGCCGCCCCCGCCCCUGCCGCCGCCGCCCCUGUCACUGCCGCCGCCGCCGUCCCCAGCGGACCCUCCGCCAAAGAGCGUCCUCGAAGCCCGCCGCCGGCCGAUCUCCCAAAUGACCUCCUUAUGGAAAUGGAGAACGUGCACAAAAUGUUUGGAUUUGGCAAGACCCUGGAAGCUGUGGAAACUCUGGAUGUAGAGCAGGACAUCGAGGCACUAGAGUUAGAGAUGCUGGCCCCCUACAUCUCCAUGGACGAUGACUUCCAGCUCAAUACCAGCGAGCAGCCCUCCAGGGCCCUUCGGCGGCGUCCAGGAGCCACCCCGCGUCCCCGCGCCCGCAGCUUCCACGGCCUGUCACCCCGAGCCCCGGAAACUCUCCCUUUGCUCCGGUGGGGGAGCGACCCACGGCUGAGCCAGAGGACCUGCCCCGCAGAAAAGGACUCCACAGACACAAGCUCCCAGGCGGGAGCUCGGAAGAGGGCCCUGCCCCAGAGCUUGGAGGAAGACAGCGGGACGGAGGCCCUGGGAGUGAAGCCCCCCAAGCGGUCCCCCAGCCCGACGACCGACCACUUCCUGCUGCCGCCCCUCAGCCUGAGUUUUCUCCUAAGUGGUGAGAGCACCCCUGGGACCCAAUCGGAUCCUGAUACCAGGCUCCUGGACCUUGAAGAGCCCAUGGCCCUAGGCUCCUCCUCCCUGCUCUCUUUCUACGAGGAUGAAGAUACGGCUCAGCCCAGGGGUCACUUCCAGUUGGAGGAGACCUUGUCUCAGGAGCUCACCCCCGGCACCUGAGCCGUCCCCCCGUCCCCUCCCUCUCCAUUUCCCCCUUCCUCCCUCCCCCCACACCCAGGACCUCAGCCACACUCCAAGUCCGCAGCUUACGCACAGGAUAGAAGGGUCAGGGGCCGGGGGGAGGGACGCGUACCUCUCCUUGCCCCCCCUUUCACCGGGCCCUACCUCACUGUCCCCAAGCACUCUAGCCCUCUGCAACUCAGGGGUUGUGGGUAGCUCAGGGAGAGCCAACUAAACCUCAGCUGGGAAGGGGGGGAGUCCCGUCUCGUUCCCACUGGUCCCCGACCUUCCCCGAGGGGGCAGGGACCUCCCCUCUCCCCUCUUGCUCCCUUCUCAGGACCUCUUGGUGCUCAUUUAUUUACACAGUUACCUCACCCAUAUUUUUAGGGGUUUACUUUAUAAAUGGGGGUUUUCAGGGUGGGGGGGUGGGGGAGGGCUAAGGACCUUUUCUACAGCAUGCUUUAUUUUUAACUCUGGGGUACACAUAACCACCUUACGAUGAGAAAAUCUUCCCUUUUUGUGAUAAAUGAUCUCUCUUUGCAAUUGUGAUAAUCUAAAGGUACGGGGAGGGGGUGGGGAAGAGCUAAACCCCCUACCUCCGGUUUCACUGGGGGCCCUUUAACCCAGACCUUCCCUCUCCCCUGUCCCUCGUGGUACACUUCAUCUCUUCAGAUCUCUACCUCCUCAGCGCCUUUCGUUCCGGACCUUACUCCAUCCAGACCGUCGGGCACGUGGGCCGAUCCUGGGCCGGCCGUCGGCCAGCCUGGCCUCUGGCCCCAGCCCUGGCGCGUGUCUGACCUGGUCCGGUCUCCCUUGCCUUUUCUGUGCCUCAGUCUCCCUCAGUUGGGCUUCGCAGUCGGGACCCUUCCAGCUCUGGCCCUUUGUGGGUCUGUGAGGAGACACCCCUCUCCACGUGGCGGGGUUGGGGUGAGACUUAGAAGUGAGAGAGGGGAUUCUGAGAGCAUCUCCGGCUCCUGUCCGCAUUUGCACGAGGGAUGGGAUGCCCGGAGAGGGGAGGGGAUUUGCCAUACAGUGAGUCGCAGAAGCACAAAAAGAACUCUCAUUUAGGAUCAAUGGAAACAGGCCGGAGCGGGAGAUGGAUGCGCUCCCAAAGCCAUAUGUCCGGGAGCCCUCCCUGCGGGACUUAAUGUCGGCUUUGCCCCCUCCCGGCUGCAGGCUCCCCCCCUCCGUCUCUCCCCCCUUUUGUCUGCCGCCCCAGCCCCAGGAAAGUCGGGGACUUUGAGGCACUCCCCUGGGGCCGAGCCCCAAUUUCAGGCCGCCCAGUCACACGCACAUCUCCAGCUGCGGGUCUCCAGGCCGACACAAGCUCGGGGAGCGGGUCCAGGACCCCCCUCCCUCUUUCCCGCCUCCCGGAGACCCGCCUCUCAUCCCUGUCCCCUCUCCCCUCUUUGCACGAUGGUGCUGCCCUUCAGGUCUCCCCCCCACAUGCACACACAUAAACUGCCGGACCUUCCCACCCUCCUUUUCCUGGGAGCUCCCUCCCCCCGAGCUGGGGGGGUCGGGGAGUCUGACCAGACGGUGCUAGGGGGGUGUGGGCUCAGGACCGGGGCUUUCUCCCAGCUCUCCUCAGGAGCUCAGUGGAGGGGACUGUGGAGGGGGAGGAGGGAUGGGGGGUCAUCUCUGUAACUACCACCCCAUCCUCAAUAAAGCCUUCAGCCUGAGAGGCACCAGAA